AUGGCGAAAUGCCGUUAUUGCCCAAAAGAGUUCGUUUCCAGUAGCACGCGUUGCACCGCUCAUCUUGCUGAUUGGGAGGGGAAGAAGGGUCACGACAUUGCUGUGUGCCCGGAUGCGUCAAAAGAGGUAGUAGAGAGCAUUCGCACAUUGCAGGAGGGGAAAUGUAAGAAGCAGUUGGAGAAAAACCGGGCGGAGAUGGCGGCCAUGGAUGCGGUGAGUGGCAAAACCAGCAGCGGGAUGGGUUCUAAGAGAGGGCGCAUGUUAGAUUUCUAUGGGGCGGAGGGGUCAGUGGCUAGGCGGGAGGCGGAUGAUGCCAUAUGUCUCUAUUUCGCAGCAUUGGGUGUUCCCGAAAACCAAGUCGACAACCCUCUUUUCCGCAACAUGAUAAGGGCAGUUGCAGCAGCGGGUGGUAGCUAUGUCCCUCCGAAGAGAAAGUACGUGGGCGGGGCUGGACUGCAGCGGACUCGUAAGAGGAUUGAGGAGGGGUUGGAUCCCGUGGUUAAGAAGUGGCCGGAGAAAGGUGUCACCAUCGCUAGUGACAUGAUGAGUGACAGGAAUGGGCGUGCGCAGGCGAAUUUCCUUUGCGUCAACGAAGAUGGAGCUGUGUUUAUGGAGAGUGUUGACCGCGGGAUGGAGCGAAAAACAGGCCGUUACAUUGCUAGCCUCAUCCGGCCAGUCAUAACGAAGGUGGGGCCGGAAAAUGUCGUUGCACUAUGCAUGGAUGGAGCGAGCAACUACGCAGCCGCGACCCGUGAGAUUGUGAAGGAAUGGCCGCACAUUGAGAUUGUGCCGUGCGCAACGCAUGUGCUUGACCUCUUUAUGGAAGACAUAGGGAAGAUGGAUUGGGCCAAAAAGUUGGUUGAACGAGCGGGGGAGCUGAUCACAUUCUUGCGCAACCAUCAUUGGACACGCGCAUACCUGAGGGCGGGGGAGCUGCAUGGCGAGAAGGUGCUGCAGGCAUUGCGACCUGCGGGCACUCGCUUCGGGACACAAUACCUUGCCGUGUCUCGACUUUGUGAGUUGCGCCCUCAUCUGUGCAGCAUGGUCUCCCAUGAUGUCUUCAAGGACUGGGCUGCAGCUGCAGGUGCUAAGGUGAAGGAGGCAGCAGACAAGUUUGAGAAGUACGUGCUGGAUUCUGCGUGUCCGGCCAACCAGAAGGAGGGAAUCUUUCUUCGGGAUAGGGAGUGUACCAAAGUCAUGAAGGAAUUCUUAGAGCGUGCGCAUGAUUUCUUGGUGAAGUACAAGAGGGGUGGAGCUGGUGGCUUCAAAGAGCUUCAGAAGGGGAUGCUUGCCUACAUUAACGGUGAUGAGAGUUUCGGCACAAAGAGCGCGGUGGAGGCUCGGGAGGAGAUUCGGGCUGGGAAGGGGGAUCUGCUAAGCUGGUGGCAGUGGCAUGGAUGCGACUACCCCGAGCUAGCUGACAUUGCGCGCCGUACCCUUGCGCAGCCCGUGUCGGCCUCCUCGUGCGAGUGGAAUUGGGCUAAGUGGGAGGGAGUGCACACGGCUCGCCGGAACCGGCUAGGGUCGGAGAAAUGCCGCAACUUGGUGUACGUGGCCCACAACUGGCUGGUGGUGUAUAAUGCACACAAGCGACCUGAGAUGGAGGGGGCCGGGAUAAUUGAGGGUAACAAGCCAGACCCCCCGGUCCCGGAGGGAUACAUUCUGGAGGAGGAGGUGGAUGAGGAGGAGGAGGAAGAAGACAAGCUGCUGGCUGAUGAAUAUGUGGCAAAAACGCCUGACGCGUCAGGCGCAACAUAG